AUUCCAUGGGACGACAAGGAUUUCAGGAUGUUCUUCCUCUGGACUGCUCUGUUCUGGGGUGGAGUCAUGUUUUACUUGCUGCUCAAGAGAUCUGGGAGAGAAAUCACUUGGAAGGACUUUGUCAAUAACUAUCUUUCAAAAGGAGUAGUAGACAGACUGGAAGUCGUCAACAAGCGUUUUGUUCGAGUGACCUUUACACCAGGAAAAACUCCUGUUGAUGGGCAAUACGUUUGGUUUAAUAUUGGCAGUGUGGCCACCUUUGAAUGGAAUCUGGAAACUUUACAGCAGGAAUUGGCCAUAGAAGGAGAAAAUUGGGUACCUGUUGUCUACAUUGCUGAAAGUGAUGGCUCUUUUCUGCUGAGCCUGCUGCCUACGGUGCUCAUCAUCGCCUUCUUGCUCUACACCAUCAGAAGAGGGCCUGCUGGCAUCGGCCAGACAAGCCGAGGGAUGGGCGGACUCUUCAGUGUCGGAGAAACCACUGCCAAGGUCUUAAAGGAUGAAAUUGAUGUGAAGUUCAAAGAUGUGGCUGGCUGUGAGGAGGCCAAGCUAGAGAUCAUGGAAUUUGUGAAUUUCUUGAAAAACCCAAAGCAGUAUCAAGACCUAGGAGCAAAAAUCCCAAAGGAUGCCAUUCUCACUGGUCCUCCAGGCACUGGGAAGACGCUGCUAGCUAAGGCCACAGCCGGAGAAGCCAAUGUCCCCUUCAUCACCGUUAGUGGAUCCGAGUUUUUGGAGAUGUUCGUUGGUGUGGGCCCUGCUGGAGUGAGUCUCAUUCUGUUCGGAUGGUACAGCUUCCAUACACCUACCACUUCCCCACAGAUGGGGGCACUUGCUAGAGAUGGCCCUUCCCCCUAGAGUGCUAGAGUGACCUCUCACCAGUCCCUGGCCUGAGCUCUCCUCCAGGCCUAAGCCUUCAGCAAGGCCUGUGACUUCCACCCCACCUUCCCUCGCACCA